GUGCUCCACGCCUACUGACGUCACACCACGGCGCUGGAGGAAUUCCCUGGGCCCACCAGUAUCCCAGCAUCCACCGUGCCGAACUGCAGCAGACUGACAAAGAAAAAGAGAAAAAAACAACAGGGUGGGAUUUAAACAACAAUAUAUUUAAAAAAAAAAAAUUAACGUGGGGCGCUCACGAUGCAGGCGAGUCAUUGAGACUGAAGUGAGGAAGAGGAGAAACCUCAGAGUCCAGAGCGACGCGAGCGUGUGGAGCUGCACAGAGAGAGAGAGAGAGAGAGAGCGAGCCCGUGCCAAUGCAGCAGCACAGACGGCAGCCUGAGCUGGUGGAAGGAAGUCUUCCCGUCUUCGUGUUCCCCACGGAACUCCUCUUCUACGCUGACGACCAGGCCUCGCACAAGCAGGUGCUCACCCUCUACAACCCCUACGAGUUCGCCUUGAAAUUCAAAGUCCUGUGCACAGCUCCCAACAAGUAUGCGGUGGUGGAUUCCGCUGGCGCUGUGAAGCCACAAUGCUGCGUUGACAUUGUGAUCCGUCACCGGGACGUGCGCGCCUGUCACUACGGCGUGAUAGACAAGUUCCGGCUGCAGGUGUCGGAGCAGAGCCAGCGCAAGGCCCUGGGGCGGAAGGAGGUGAUCGCUACUCUGCUGCCCUCCACACAGGAGCCCCGGCAGCACAAACAGCAGCAGCAACAGCAGGAGGAGGAGAAGAGGAUCAAAGAGCACCUGGCAGAGAGCGUCUUCUUUGAGCAAGCGUCCUUCCAGCAAGAAAGCAGAGCAGCCUCUGCAGGGCCCAGCCUCCUCACCGUGUUCCUGGGCCUGGUGUGUGUGGCCGCACUCAUGCUGCCCACACUGGGUGAACUCGAGUCCAGAGUGCCUGUCUACCUCCAUUUAAGUGUUAACAAGAAACUGGUAGCUGCUUAUGUAUUAGGUCUCGUCACAAUGGUUGUUCUUCGGACAUGAAGUGCCCCGGGUUCUAGUAACCUUGUGAAUGGAUUUGGGAGGAGCGCACUGCAGACACGCGGAGUGGAAACUGACCGGGGAGUGGGGCGGGGCGGGGAAGUCAUUUCAUAAUAAAUCACGUGUUUAAACUGUUACAGCGACACAGAGAAGGGAAUGCAUCACGCGACGUUCUAGCAGGACGGGCUGAGAGCACAGUGCUUCUCCAAGCAGGGGGCUGUCCGGGGAGAGGGAGGGGGGUCCCGAUUCACAGACAACGCUGCAGGGUUUUCUAUAGAAAAACUGAAACAUUUUAUUAAAGUGUCAUUCA